UUUGCUGUGGUGACUGCCGGUGUGGAGGAAACCACCAAACUGCUGGAGAACAAGUUUGACUACAUCUUCUUCACUGGCAGCCCCUCCGUGGGCAGGAUCAUUAUGACAGCCGCUGCCCAGCACCUGACGCCGGUGACGCUGGAGCUGGGGGGCAAGAACCCCUGCUACGUGUCUGACACCUGCGAGGUGCACAACGUGGCCAGGCGGGUGGCCUGGGUCUUCUUCAACGCGGGACAGACCUGCGUGGCGCCCGACUACGUGCUGUGCAGCGUGGAGAUGCGGGAGAAGCUGCUGCCGGCCCUGCGUGAGGCCAUCACCGAGUUUUACGGCCCCAACCCUCAGGAGUCCCCCGACUUUGCCCACAUCGUGGGGGACAAGCAAUUCCAGCGGGUGCGGGCUCUGCUGAGCAGCGGGCGCGUGGCCAUCGGAGGGCAGACGGAAGAGCAGGAGCAUUACUUUGCUCCCACAGUGCUGGUGGAUGUGCAGCCCUCUGAUCCUGCCAUGCAAGAAGAGAUCUUCGGGCCCAUCCUGCCCAUCAUCACAGUAGCCAGUGUGGAAGAAGCCAUUAAUUUUAUCAAUACUCAUAAGCAGCUGCUGGUUGUAUAUGUCUUCUCCUCUGAUAAGAAGGUGAUGAACCAGGUGCUAGAGCGGACAAGCAGUGGUGGCUUUUGUGGAAAUGGCACCCUGAUGCACAUAAUGUUGACCUCACUGCCAUUUGGUGGGAUUGGUUGAAAAAAAUCUUGACAAGAAAUGCUUAUGUCUUUCCUUGGAGAGGAAGGAGUGUAGAUGAUGGAAAGACACACAUUUGGUCAGAUGAGCUUCACUCAACAAGGAAAAAUGCAAGAACCUGGGAUAGUUCCUAUAUUCCACUCUGCACUUCAGCUCAGUGAUAACCAUCCAAU